AUGGUGAAUUCAGAGUUUAAGAAAAAGAAGGGUUUUGGAGCAAAAUGGGUUUGGGUUGUUGUUCCUCUUAUUGCUGCCAUUGUUGCAAUUGCGGUUUCUUCCAGAAAUUCUUCCAAAGUUUCUCUUGUUAGAGUCAUUGGGAAAGCGUGUCAGUGUGCUCGGGGUACACCGAAGUAUAGUGGUAUUGUGGAGGAUUGUUGUUGUGAUUAUGAAACUGUAGACCAUCUUAACAAGGAAGUGUUGUACCCAUCUCUCCAAGAGCUUGUGAAAACCCCCUUCUUUCGGUAUUUUAAGGCCAAGCUAUGGUGUGACUGCCCUUUUUGGCCUGAUGAUGGCAUGUGCCGGUUGCGGGACUGUACUGUAUGUGAAUGCGCAGAUAAUGAAUUCCCGGAGUCAUUUAAGAAGCCUAAUCGCCUUCCGUUGAAUGAUCUUGUUUGUCAAGAAGGAAAACCUGAGGCAGCUGUUGACCGUACCUUGGAUAGUAAAGCUUUCAAAGGAUGGACAGAAAUAGACAAUCCAUGGACUAAUGAUGAUGAGACUGACAAUGAUGAGAUGACAUAUGUGAAUCUUCUACUGAAUCCUGAAAGAUAUACCGGUUUCACUGGUCCAUCUGCAAGAAGGAUAUGGGAUGCUGUCUACUCUGAGAACUGCCCCAAAUAUCUGUCGCAAGAAUCAUGUAAGGAGGAAAAGAUUUUGUAUAAAUUGAUAUCAGGUCUUCACUCCUCCAUAUCAGUACAUAUAGCUUCCGGUUACCUACUUGACGAAGCUACGAAUUUGUGGGGCCACAAUCUUACAUUGAUGUAUGACCGAGUCAUACAAUACCCUGAUCGUGUCAGAAAUUUGUAUUUCACUUUCCUCUUUGUCCUGCGAGCAGUGACCAAAGCUGCAGAUUAUCUCGAGCAGGCUGAGUACAAUACUGGUAACACUAAUGAGGACCUGAAAACAGAAUCCUUGGUUAAACAGCUACUUUAUAACCCCAAACUUCAAUCCGCGUGUCCAGUUCCAUUUGAUGAAGCUAAGUUGUGGAAAGGCCAAAGUGGACCUGAGCUCAAACAAAAAAUUCAACAUCAAUUCAGAAACAUCAGCGCAUUGAUGGAUUGUGUAGGAUGUGAGAAGUGUCGAUUAUGGGGAAAGCUUCAGGUUCUUGGUCUUGGAACUGCAUUGAAGAUUCUCUUUUCUGACGAUGGUCAAGAAAACAUGGUUCAAACACUACAACUUCAAAGGAAUGAAGUAAUUGCAUUGAUGAAUCUUCUCAAUAGACUAUCAGAGUCUGUCAAAUUUGUUCACGAAAUGGGACCUACCGCGGAAAGACUCACGGAAGGGCAUCUUUUUGGCUACACAAAAGCUCUUAUUAGCUCCUUGAAAAAAAUUUGGUCUAGUAUACUUCAAACUUAG